AUGUCUUCCAAAUUCACUGAGAUCCUCGACGAAGGAUAUCAGACGUCUUCACCCCAGGACGACGUGCGCCUGGAAGAUAUUAUUGCAGCCACCAACAUGUCUUACCGCGGCCGUACCUCAUCAGAAACAAGCUCACGAAGCGCAAGUUCGUCCAACAGCGGCAGCCCUGACGAGAAGCCUCGCAAGAGGUUGUCGCGACUUCUCUUACCCACGGGAAAAAGAUGA